ACUCGAAGAAAGAUUGAACGAAGUUUCGACGAUAUAUUCGAAGAUAUAUACAACAACAUAGUGGAGGCCCAAACCAAAAAGCAAAGGAAACAUGCUUACAUAGAACGAAACCGUGAAGAAGGACACAACCGUUUAUGGAAUGACUACUUCAGCGAAGAUCCGACAUUUCUGGCACAUUUAUUCAGACGCCGUUUCCGCAUGAACAAGGAAUUAUUCAUGCGUAUAGUACAUCGCCUCUCAGAGGACGUUCCAUUCUUUCGACAAAGAAGAGAUGCAACCGGGAGGUAUGGUCUAUCUCCACUGCAAAAAUGUACGGCUGCAAUUCGUCUGCUUGCUUAUGGUUCUGCGGCUGACACGGUUGACGAGUAUCUCCGACUUGGUGAAAGCACAGCAAUUUCGUGUUUAGAAAAUUUUACUGAAGGAAUAAUACAGUUAUUUGGAGAUGAGUAUCUACGAAGACCCACACCAGAGGAUCUUCAACGACUACUCGAUAUUGGAGAGAAACACGGGUUUCCUGGGAUGGUAGGAAGCAUUGACUGUAUGCAUUGGGAGUGGAAAAAUUACCCAACCGCUUGGAAAGGACAGUACACACGUGGAUCGGGAAAACCGAAAAUUGUCUUAGAGGCUGUAGCUUCGCACGAUCUUUGGAUAUGGCACGCUUUUUUGGGUGCUCCAGGUACCUUAAACGAUAUUAAUGUCCUCGACCGGUCUCCUGUUUUUGAUGACAUUUUACAAGGUCGAGUUCCCAGGUUAGAGUACGUGGUCAACGGACACAUGCAUAAUUUGGCGUACUACCUCACAGACGGUAUAUAUCCAAAAUGGUCAACAUUUAUUCAAUCUAUCUCACUUCUUCAAGGUCCUAAAGCAGAGUUAUUUGCUAAAGUUCAAGAAGCAACCCGAAAAAAUGUGGAGCGCGCUUUUGGAGUAUUGCAAGCUCGAUUUGCGAUUGUGAAAAACCCGGCGCUUUCAUGGGACAAGGAAAAGAUAGGGAAGAUUAUGAGAACCUGUAUCAUACUACACAAUAUGAUAGUCGAAAAUGAAUGAGAUGGAUACACUCAGUACGAUAUGUCUGAAUUUGAAGAAUGCGACGUAACUAGAAGUUCGCGGGUGGAUAUGUCCUAUAGUACCGACAUGCCUACAAAUCUCGGUAAUAUGCUUGGCAUUCGGAAUCAUGUUCGUGAUAGGCGUAUACAUGAACAAUUGAAAAAUGAUUUAAUUGAAAAUAUUUGGAACAAAUUUGGUGAUGAAGAUUCAUUAUUAUUGUAUCUUUAUAUUUAAUCAUGCAAUUAAUAAAUUUUUAAAUUUCACAUGUUUAAAAAUUAAAUCUUUUUUUUCCUAAGAACUCCUAAAUGGAGUACACCAUUGGAAACACAUUUUUGAUAAGAGUCCUUAACUAUUCAAACAAAAAAAAUUAAAAAAAAAUAUUACUUUAAUAUUGCUAAGGACUCCAAUAGUGGUAACACCAUUGGAGAUGCUCUAACGUGGUUACUUUUGUUAUGCUUAUGGUACGGAUACAUAUUUUACAUGUCGUAUGACUCGAGCCUUAAAUCAUCUACACCAUGCACCUCUUCUUGUUUUACUAGGGGCAUAGCCCCGCGGGUACGUUAUUGAUGCAUUGUGUAGUGUUAUGUAUGAAAUUUGUUUUUCUUUUUUUUUAACUUUUGUUUUUUCGUGUUGUAUAUAAUCUAUAUUAUAAUAGAUUUAUUAGGUUGAUAUGAGAAUAACCGGUGAUUUCUUAUGUGUUGAUAUUUCAUAUCUCAUGUGUGGACGUCUAAAAGAGUUUUCGAUUUAUCUUCAUGAAUUCGACAUCUAGCAACAUUUUUCCCAUGAAUAUGUCGGAUAGAGACCCACAUAUCCGCUGAGAUUCAACAUCUGAUACGCUGACUAAUUGCCAUCCUCAUUAGCUAUCCAGUAAAUCUGCAAGCUGUGCAAGUAUAAGAAAAUAAUUAUCUACCACAGUUUAGAAACCCCAAACAAUAGUGAAACCUUUUAUUAGACAUAGAGAAAGAGAAUAUACAUAACCCUAUAAAUAUGGUCAAGGCUAGAUCUUUUAACAGAAAUAAAAAAAUGAAUCCCCAUGAGCUCCUCUCAAGUUUAUGCGAACUCUCUUAGUCCGUCCAAGAAGUUGUGUUUCUUUUUCAUUGGUUAUUCCUGUAGUUGUCGGUUGUGUAAAAGAUUUUGUUCACUUCCUCCUUGAAACUACCAAUGUGUUCUAAUUCAGAUUUCAACUCUGGGAAAUUAGUGAAUCCCUCCAUGGCGUAAAGGUCUUAGUGGACAACUUCGGAAAGUAGAACAAACAACAAAGAAUUAUAUUAAUCAAGUUUUCAGUAGGACUAUGAAAUUCUAUCAAUUUAAAGAGUUUCAAUGAUGCGCGACACUUAAUAGAGCGGUUUAGAGUGUAAUGAUAUAUCAUUGGAUGUGAGAGUUAAGCGACAAAGUGGGAGAACCUUAGGCCCUAGCUUAGAGACGGUGAAAAAGAAUAGACGAUUAGGAGGUUUCUUUGGGUCUGUCUGACGCAUCAACCUUACCUUUUAAGGCUUAUGUAGAAAAUGAGCGCGAUAGGCCGCGAGUUAAUUAAAAUGAUCCAAAAACCAUUAAUUCAUUACAUAGCCCUGUUCAAAAACUCACCGCCGAGGGCUGUAAAAUCGCCGAAAAAAACGUAACUCGGGCACCAACGGUGACGAUUUAGACUGAUUCGGUCCGAAAUUCAGGAUUCUUAAAAGAAAUUAAAUUUUACUCUUUUCAUCCUAUAAUCGAGUAGUAUAUAUAAAGAUUCAUGAUGUUUUCAUGAAAAUGGCAAAAAACGAAAAAAUUGAUGUAUAACUCGUGAAAAAUUAUGAGCCGUCAGAGUCAAUAUUGCAGAAAACCUAAAAAUCUAAAGAGGAAGACGACUUGUAAAAGUCAUAAUUGCCUUUAAUUAAACUUAAUCAUAAAAAUAUGCAAAAAAAUUCCAUGGUUUCUAUUCGAACUCGGGUUGUUAGCAUUUUUAAAGAUGUGUAAACCGCUGCACUAAGUGAUAUUUAUUGUAAGUUUUUACGAAUAUAUAAUAUAUUAAAACAAAAACAUGAAGAUGAGUCCCACUAAAAUAAAUGAAAUGCUGAAGUGGACACUCUAAGGAGAGAGCAAAAACUCAAUCAUUAUAAUAUAGAUUCUUUUCGAAAUUCAGUUUUGUUUUACAUCCUUUUCGAAGUUCCAGUUUUAUUAGUUAAUUCUGGAUUAGCUUAUUAUUUAAAAAAUACAAGACAAUAAUCCGCGCCUUGCGCGGAAUGAGCUUAUUAAUUUCGUUAUUUCUUAAGAUAAGAAAACAUUAGGUCUGUUGAAUCUGGAUAUUGGUUCGGUUUUAAGUUAAUUUUUUGGUUUUUAUUCUACUAAAAUAUAAUUACCAUUCUAAAUCAGUAUUAUUUUGUUUAUUCGGUUAAAAUGCUUGAGGUUUUUCCGAUGAUAACCAAAACUAUUAUUAUUUUUUUGGUUUCAUAUUAUAUGAAUUUAGACAAUCCUGAUGUCGAACCAAUUGUUUCAUAUUAUAAUUUCUAAAUACAUGAAAAAUCAAAUCUAUCAUGAUAAUAAUUGAAGAAAAAGAAAAGAAAAUUAUUAAGACAAAUCAUUUCAUUACAAUUUGGUCGAUAGUGAAAAGAAAUAUUAAAAAAAAAGAAUAUUCCAACUUCCAAGAGAAUUAGAAUCCUCACUUGUAGUCAAUAUUUAGUUAUAUAAGUGCUCACGGCGAUUCGGUAUCCUUUUCGCUUCGAACACAAAAUCCGGAUAUGCGUAACUCUACGAAGCAAAGCAAAUACUAAUAUGUAAUAUCCGUAAAAAACGAAGCAAAUCACAAAUAUUAAUAUUUUUAGAAACGAAUAUCCGAUCUGAU